AAAAAACAAAAAUGUUGGACAUAACGCGAGAUCGACCGGUAAAGGUGGCCGUUAAAGUGGCAGUGCCCGUUAGGGAUCAUCCAAAGUUCAAUUUCGUUGGCAAAUUGCUCGGGCCCAAAGGAAACUCCAUGAAACGUUUACAGGAAGAGACCAUGUGUAAAAUGGCGGUGCUCGGUCGCGGUUCGAUGCGCGAUCGUAAAAAGGAGGAAGAGCUGCGCGGCAGCGGUGACAGUCGUUAUGCACACCUCUUCGAAGAUUUACAUGUGGAAAUUUCAACAUUUGCUGCACCGGCGGAAGCCCAUGCUCGCAUAGCGUAUGCCUUGGCGGAAGUACGAAGAUUUCUGGUGCCG